CAUGAUGAUUCACCAAUGACUUUGAUGGAGAACAUCUCAGAGGUGACUGAAUUCAUUCUUGUGGGGCUAACAGAUGCCCUAGAGCUGCAGGUCCCUUUAUUUUUAAUCUUCACUCUCAUUUACCUCAUCACUCUGCUUGGAAACCUGGGGAUGAUUGUGCUGAUUCUGUUAGACUUUCAUCUCCACACCCCCAUGUACUUUUUCCUCAGUAACCUCUCCCUGGUGGACUGUGUUUAUGCCUCGGCGGUCACUCCCAAGGUGAUGAUAGGGUUACUCACAGGAGAUAAAAUCAUCUCCUACAGUAUGUGUGCUGCCCAGAUGUUCUUCUUUGUAGCCUUGGCCAUUAUUGAAAAUUUUCUCCUGGCCUGGAUGGCCUUUGACCGCCACGCAGCAGUGUGUAAGCCCCUGCAUUACACCACCACCAUGACAAGUACUGUGUGUGCUCUACUGGUCACCGGCUCCUACAUCUGUGGACUCUUGCAAUCUUCCAUUCAUGUUGCCUUGACUUUCCACCUCUCCUUCUGUCAUUCCAAUGUGGUUAAUCACUUUUUCUGUGACAUUCCCCCACUGCUGGCUCUGUCUUGCUCAGAUAUCAACACAAAUCAGAUUGUGAUCUUCACCUUGACAGCUUGCAAUGUCUUUUUUACUCUUCUGGUUAUCUUGAACUCUUACCUGUUCAUUUUUAUUGCUAUCCUGAGAAUGCACUCAGCUGAGGGACGAAAGAAGGCCUUUUCUACCUGUGCUUCCCACCUCACCGCUGUUUCCAUCUUCUAUGGGACAACCAUCUUCAUGUACUUACAGCCAACUUCCAGUCAUUCCAUGGACACAGACAAAAUGGCAUCCGUGUUCUACACCAUGAUCAUCCCCAUGCUGAACCCUCUGGUCUACAGCCUGAGGAACAAGGAUGUCAAGAGUGCUUUCAAGAAGGUUGUUGAGAAUGCAAAAUUGUCCCUAGGCUUAAAUUUUUAA